GCGUGUGGUGUCCGAGUUCUGUUGGACUAUGUUCGACCGGCGGUGUGUUUAUGUUUCCAAUUAAUCGAAUUUCGAAUGAUACAUGACAUAUAAGAAUGCCGAACAGUGUUGUUUGAGGACAAGAUGUCGUCUGAGGUACAGACACUUACGGAAUCUCUUCGUGAAUAUGAAAUUCAGCUUCAACAGGUGAAUGCAACUAUUAGAGCUACCACAAAUGACACAGAGAAGCAGACACUGUCAUCUCUAAGGGACGAUAUUGAACAGCUAAUAACUUUAACGAGAGAAAAUCUAGCAGAGCUUCAGGAACCUCCACAAAAUUCAGACCGUGGCUCGCCCAAGCAGGAACCUGAUGAUGACCCCUUUGCAAAGGAAUAUGCUUUGUUCAAGGCAGAAGUGGAAGAUGCAGCCGAUCCCUCAAACAAGGAAGAAGCUAAUUCCAACUGUUCCAACCCAGCGGAUAUUCCUGAUAUUGCUGCCGAGCUAGAGGCACUUCAGGGUAUGAAAUGUCAAGCUCCUUUCUGUCAUGGUUGGGGAACCUCAUAUCACAAUGCUCUAGUUUUUCAUGUUGAACCAGCCAAUAACAUUACAGGGAUGGAUCAAAUCCAGGUCAGAGUAAUGUUCACAAAUCCUAUUGAAACCAAAAUGUUACCAUGUACAUAUUACCUUGAAGGAGAGUGUAGAUUUGAUGACAGCAAAUGUCGGUUUUCCCAUGGUGAACUUGCUCAACUCUCAAACCUAAAAGAAUACAAGGAACCCAAUUUUGGUUCAAUAAAAGGCGGCUCUAGGGUGUUAGUUCACAUAAACGGAAAAGAUAAACUUUGGCAUCGAGCCAUUGUGCUAUAUGAGAUUAAAGACUCUAUUUGGGAAGUUAAAUUAGAGACAUCAGGUGGAAGUAAACUCCAGGUUGGACUAAAGGAUAUGUUACCCCUUGAGGGUACUGAAGAUUGUAAGAGUGGAUCUGAAUCACUAUCAGGUGAUAGUGAUGAUAGUGAUGAUGACUAUGGAGAUCAUGAUGAUUCAACUGAACAAUCAGCCAUGGUUCAGUUGAGUUUAAUGAACUCCCCAUCAACAGCUCUUGGUGCUUGGGAGCAGCACACAAAGGGCAUUGGUUCUCGAUUGAUGCAAAAAAUGGGAUAUGUGACAGGCACAGGCCUGGGGCCAUCAGGAGAAGGGCGAGUGGAGCCAGUUGAGGCUGUCGUUUUUCCCCCUGGGAAGUCUCUUGACCAUUGUAUGAAAUUGAAGGAACAGGCAGGGGGUGAUAGUUUGUUAAAGACUGAUAAAAAACUUAGAAAAUUAAAGAAAAAACAGUUGGAACAGCAGAAAGCAAAAUAUGAAAGAGAGAAGAAACGAGUUAAUGUCUUUGAUUUUAUUAAUAGCAAAUUAGGAGAUACCAACCAACCAUCCACUAGCAAAGGAAAAGAAGAAGGGAAGGCUUUGAAGAAUGAAACUCGGAAAAGCUUGAAUCUUGCUAAUUUACAAGUGGGUGAAGAUAUAAGACGAGCUGAAAAAGAUCUCAUUCAUCUAAAAGAAUCUUUAGGCCGUCAGACAAAGGGAACUCCUGCCUAUUCUGCAAUAGCUGGUAAAGUAGCUGGCAAAGAGAAAGAAAUAAAACAUCUUCAGGAAUCGGAAAUGAGAAUAAAUGCAGAACAAAACUUACGGAAAGGCAAUAAGAAGAUUUCUGUAUUUUAAAGUGUUUAUGACAUACUAAUUAGAUGGCACUCUUUUAAAAAGAAAGAAUGAUGGUAAACAUUAUGUAAGGUGCAAGUUUCAAGCAGUUUUUCGAUUGGCUAUGUUAUAGGUUCAAUGAAGAAAAAAAACAUGUAACCAUGUAACAAUUUUGUAUUAGAAUUUUCUUUCUGGUUUGCAACUAUUAGUUUUAUCAUUAAGAAAUAUUGUGGUAUUCAUAGGUCUCUUGUAAUCAAUAUUAAGAUUUAUCAGUGUCUUAAUUUUUUUUUUUAAUGCAUUGUGCAAGCAUCAAAAUUAAUUUUUUACCUCUGUAGACUACAGAAUUGCAUUAAAUCUUGUUAAUUUUUGUCUGUUACUGAAA